UGCUGCUUGUCAACAGGCGCACUUGGACUCUGCACUUCCCCGUGCGGCGAGCAGCUGAUCGGGCUGGAGAGUGUGACGUUCCGUGUGCGGAUGGCGCUUGUGCUCCGUAUGUCAGUCUGCUGCUGGGGGAUGACAUCACCACCGGAGAGCUUCUUGUAAAAGUGCAGAAACCGAAAUUAUGACCCAAAAUGGGAGGCAAUGGCAAUAUUUCAUAUGAAAAAGAUUGAUCAGAGAGGCUGUGAUGAAAAUGCAUCAGAUGUCUACUAUACCAUCCAGAGAUGUGCACUCCACAUGUUUCCAGAAGAAGGUCAAAGAAAGAGAAGAACAGAAUGAAAAGACUUUGGGGCGUUCAGUCAGCCGUUCCAGUAACAUUUCCAAGGCGGGAAGCCCAACUUCAGUUACUGCACCAAAUAGCUUUCCACGGACAUCAGUGACUCCCUCCAGCCAAGAUAUUUGCAGUUCCAGUGCUGUAUUUUCUGAAUGUUGUCAUCAAAGUCCAUUGCAGUCUGCUGUUGUGUUGAAAAAUCCCAAAUGCCAGAGUUCUAGGACACCAGGGGCCACGGUGACCAUUGUUUGUCAAGAUGACUUCUCUAUGGAAAAUGCAGAUACAAAAACCUGUAGCAGCAUCGUGAACCCCUUAAAGGCUAAGUCCACCCUUCCAUUCUCAAAGUCACUCAAUAACGUGGACCAAAAAACAGAGAAGUUGUCUGGGAAUGGUGAUUUUGUGGAAAGAACUAGCUCAGAAGGGAAACUGCUUUCAGCCGAAGAUCAUCAUUUUGCAAAGAACAAAUUUCAAUUUCUAGAAAAUGAAGCCAAAUUUACUAAUCCUGUUUCUAAGAAUAACUGUAAUGUUCUGGGUCAAUCAGUCUCAUCCAACCCACUGAAAAUCCCAUAUCUGGACACUAGUCUUGGAUCUGUAUGUAUACCUAUACUCGAUGAUAAGGCAGACAGCGAUUCCUCAAAAAGCAAAACGUUGCUCCACUAUAUAUUUUCUUUUUCACCAAGCUCCAGUGUCCAUAGUCUGAACAGGUUCCAAGAGCUUGAUGGCUACUCUAGAAGUCUUCACGCAGGCACAUCUUCCAGUUUGCUGUUGGGAAGCACUGAUUUUUGCUCUGAUGACGUCGGGGAUGAUGAUGUAUUUGAGGAAAGUGUUCCUAUCAAAGAAGAUUCAAAGGAACCAAGGGCUCCCCUAUGUUCAGUGGAGGAUAGUGACCUUGAAUGCCCUUCCCCUUCCAAAAAAGUUCCCCCCGCUUCCCCGGUGUCUGCAUCUGGGGAUGUAUGCAGGAUAUGUCACUGUGAAGGUGAUGAUGAAAGUCCUCUGAUAACACCCUGUCACUGUACAGGAAGCCUUCAUUUUGUGCACCAGGCUUGCCUCCAGCAAUGGAUCAAGAGCUCAGAUACUCGAUGCUGUGAACUUUGCAAGUUUGAGUUCAUUAUGGAAACCAAAUUAAAGCCUUUAAGAAAAUGGGAAAAGCUGCAGAUGACUGCAAGCGAGCGGAGGAAGAUUAUGUGCUCGGUUACAUUCCACAUCAUCGCAAUCACCUGCGUCGUUUGGUCUUUAUAUGUUCUAAUUGACAGGACUGCAGAGGAGAUCAAGUUGGGCCAAACCACUGGUAUCUUGGAAUGGCCGUUUUGGACAAAGUUAGUGGUGGUAGCAAUUGGCUUCACGGGAGGACUUUUGUUUAUGUAUGUGCAGUGUAAGGUCUACGUCCAGCUAUGGAAGAGACUAAAGGCUUACAACAGAGUCAUCUAUGUGCAGAACUGUCCCGAGACUUGUAAAAAAAAAACAUUUGAGAAAACAACCGUAAUAAUUGAGCCAAAUCUGGAGAGUAAAGAAGCUCUUGGCAUUCAUCACUCAGACACAAACUCUUCUUACUACACGGAACCAGAAGACUGUGGAGCAGCUAUUCUCCAAGUGUAAAGAUGGGGUUCCUGCUGGACUCUUUUUCAGGAGAUGACUAUUUACCGACUGCAGGCAGCAGUAGAUUUAAUGUCCUGAAAUAUUUCCCCCUUCUUCGGUUCUAUCCAUUACUACUAUAAGCGUCUGUACGAGCAAAAGGGUAGAGUCGCAAUUAUUUCUGGUUUAUACCUCUUAGAAGAACAAAAGGAAUGACCUAAAUAUUCAGGAGCACGAUCAACUAAAGGAAGAUUCCAGACCUCAUAGAAGAUGAUUUUUUUUUAAUUAUUAUUAUUAAGUACAAAACUACGUAUGGCUUCUCUUGUGGUAUAGUGAGUAAAUAAGGUUUACAGUCCAGAAGGAAAGAUAGGACGUCCUUAGCACAUUCACUGCUCUUACUGCCAAUGACAUCUUUGUUUGGCUGUCGCUUUUUAGAUUCCUGCUUUACUGAAGAGUCACAAGAGCAUCUAGCACUUUUUUUGUGUAAAAAUGGUUUUGUAAUAUCUUUAUUGACUUCAAAUGAUUUCAUUACAGAACAGAGAGCGUGCUCUGUCAUUUCUAGUAUAAUUAAUGUGCAACCUCUUGCCUUACAUACUGUGUAUAUAUAUACUGUAUAUAUAUAUAUAUAUUAAAAAAAAAAAGUUCUUUCUUCACAACUUUAUCAUUUUACACAUGACGAGAACUAACUUUGCCUUGUUAUUUCAGGAAAAUGCAUCUGUAAGUAGUUGGGGAAUUACCAUUUUUUCUACCACAUAUAUUCAAGACCUUUUUUUACCAAGGAAAAUGCACAAAAUGGUAGAUCUUUGAAUUUCUUGUGUAAUAUUGAAUAAAAAUGUAGAACUUU